CAUAAUGCCUCUGGCCACGCGAACCUAUGAAUCAAGAGACGGCCGUAUCGUGUUGACCGUAAACGACGCCGUUGCUUCACGUCGCAUAAACUCGCCUCGCGACGACCAUAGCAACCUUCCCUCCCCUGCUUUGCAUCCGCCGGUUUCUUCCCGACAACAACCCGAAAAAAAGAUCUCCGUCCAAUUUUACCAUGGAUUCCACCACCGCAACCCUUCUGCCACCGGAAUCCAAAACCACCACCACCACACCGCCGAACCCCCCUAAACCAAUCGCCUCAGCCAACGACCGAGAUUUCCUAAACCACCUGGAAGCCUACCUCUCCAAACGCGACGGCGUCGACAAGCUCCUCAAGAUCUCGCGAUACGCCGCCAAGAUCGUCCUCUCCUCCUCGAUCCUCCCCGAAACCCUAAUUCUCACCACCCGCCUCAAGAGCUUCGAGUCCAGCGUCGGCCUCAGCCGAAAGGCAUUCCGCCUGGGGAAAUUCGUCCAGGACGUCAACGCCCUCCGCUCCUCCUCCCACUUCGGCUCCCAACAAGAAUUGGUCCUCUCCAUCCUCGCCUACGGCGGCGAAGGGAUCUACUACUUCGUCGAGCAGUUCGUCUGGCUGUCGAAAUCGGGUCUGAUCGACGCCCGCCAUGCCAAGAGGUUGGGGAAAAUCAGCGCCUGGGCGGAAUUCGCCGGGUACGUCGGGAGCAUCUCAUUGAAAUUUAGGGAUUUGAACGAAUUGAGCGGGGAGAUGGCCGCGGUGUCGUCGAUGGUCGAGAUCGCGGAUUCCAGAGGGGAGGAAGAAGAGAGGAUGAAGAAAUUGAAAGCGAAGAUGGUGUUGAAGAGGCUCUCGAUCGUUCAGGAUUUCGCCGAUGGGUUUAUGGCGUUGGCUGAUAUUAGGGACGGGAAAGGGAAGCUGUCUUCGCCGUUGUUUUUGUCUUGCGCGGGGCUUUUGUCAGCCAUUAUUAGUACCCAGAAGAACUGGGCUUCCUGCUGAGCUUGGGAAUCACCAGGUAAAAGUAACACAAACAACCCUUGUAUUCUGAGGAAAUAUAUAGUCUAUACACUUCCGACACACAUUAGCUUGACUAACAAUAAUGGAUUCUUAUGAGGAACUGAAACAACUGUUCAAUGUUUUUUUUUUUCUUCUUUUUCUGAGACGAUACUUCACUUGGUUUGCAUAAUAAAAGUUACAGAAUUGGCAUCCGGUUAGUGAUUAGCUCUGAAUGUUCCUGUAGUUGGGAUGAAUCCUGAAUCUGGGUCUCAGCUCGAUUGUGAAUGUUACUAGCAACUAUGGAUUGAUUCUAGGCAGAGUUCAUCUCUGUGAGCUCUGUAUUCGAGUUAGAAAUUAAGAACUAGGAUGUAUCUUAACAUAUUGCAGAGCGAAGUAUGCUGGCAAUUUGCUUGCGGCUUUUGAGUAGCUCAUGGGUUCUAUCUGCGGAGUUCUUCUCAUCUCGAAGUUUGAAUCUGCAGAAUUGGUGUUGUUUGGUUUUGCUAGUAUGCUUCUCUUCUUGGGAGCUUCACUGCAGAAAGCUUCGAUCAGUUUCUGCAGAUGAGCUGUUGGAGUUCCUUGUUAGAACUCCUCUGUUAGCCACAAGAUGCAAUGAUGGGUGUGAGUGACGAGUUCUGAUAUUUGGGAGAGUCUUGCUACCACUUUUGCUUUGCUUAGGGUCACUGUAAGUCUGUAACGUUGAUCCAAUUCAUUAGGAAACGAGUAUGAAAGUAGUAGGUAUGUUCACUUUCAGUUCCUUUCUGUUCUGGAAAUAUGGUUAACAAAUAAGGGUAUGGUCUAGUGAUAAUAUUUACUAACCUUGAGCUUGAAAUUCAUGUUCGGUAACUUGAGAACAAUGAUUCGUUACGUUUAAAAUUGGUUUCUUAUUGUCACAACUAUGUGGAACAGCGUUGGAGCUUGGGACCAUAGACCUUAAUGGGCUCGCUGCUGCAUUUGGCAGUACUGGGCCGAUAGUAGUUACAACCUUUCACGGGCUGAGGGCGACAUGAGAGGCGGCAAUGUGGGCCGUGCGAAUCAAUUCUGAAUGAUGUUGGAUUCUGAAUUGACAACUAAUGAACCUGGGACCGUGAU